AUGUCGUUAAAUUCUACUGAGAAGGAGAGGAACGGUAAAAGAAUCAAGGUCAAGGAUUCAGAAUGGAGUGUCCCCGCUUCAAUUGUAUCUAAGCGGACCGUUAAUCCUAUUCGCGAAGUGGCCUUUAACAUGAAAGUCACGCCAAAUCCCGAUAAGGAGCAAAUUUCGUUAGCCUUGGGUGACCCCACUCACUACGGAAAUUUUAAAGUCCCAGAAAACUGCAUCGAUGCAGUCAUAAAGCAGUUGAAAUCCUACAAGGCGAAUGG